CGCUGUCUCUCCUCCAUAGAUUUUCUAAAUCUGAAUCCAAUCUUCGGGGACGCGCAGCUCUCUCUGGUACCACCCCCUUCCCCAUUUCGGUCUCUCUCUCCUUAUUUCUCCUUCUCUUGCAGUGUGAUGUGUGGUCAUAUGACAGGGUCUGAAUACCAACACACUCGACAUGAGCGAGGAGGCGUAAACCGGAGAAAACAAGUGGCUAAGUGUCUGUCGCGGACACUGAGAGAGCGUGAGCUGUUACUGGGGAACGCCUAUCUGACUGAAACUGCGGAGAAGAACAUUAGUUUAAAGCAACGGGGGACACUAACCAACUAACUUUAACUAUAGUUUAGGCAUAUCCAACCCAGCGAAGUUAAAAUAUAUAUAUAUAUUUACAAAUCGCAUCGUGUUAUUGCUUUCCUCUUUUCUGAGCGGUGUGUGCCCAAAUCUCAGAAUCGGAGGAGGCUGGGGCUUGAGGAAGCAGUUUGGACAUACUUUUAUUUUAAAGUUAUCAUUUUUUUUUUGUUAAGCGUCAUUCUAGAGCGUCAGCCCUGAUUUUGGCUGGUAAACUUGAGUUGUUAGUUUGACAAUGGUCGGUGAGUUGAAUGAGCAGGUCCGGGAAAGACCCAGACCAAGGCCCAGCCCGGACUACCUGAUGCAGUUGAUGACAGACCGGAAGGUGAUGAGCUCGCUGCCCAACUUCACUGGCAUCUUCACUCACCUGGAGCGGCUCUUAGACGAAGAGAUAGGUAGAGUGCGCAAGGACAUGUAUAACGACUCAAUGAAUGGCGGUGUGGCUGCCGAGGGGCGGGACUCCGAGGAGCUGCCUGAUGGGAUUGGUCCAGUGGCUCAGCUGCAGGAGAAGCUCUACGUGCCCGUUAAAGAGUACCCCGACUUUAACUUUGUAGGUAGGAUACUGGGUCCAAGGGGCCUAACAGCCAAACAGCUGGAGGCAGAGAUGGGCUGUAAGAUCAUGGUACGAGGAAAAGGAUCCAUGAGAGACAAGAAGAAGGAAGAGCUGAACAGAGGGAAACCUAACUGGGAACACCUAAGUGAGGAACUUCAUGUUCUCAUCACAGUGGAAGACUCACACAACAGAGCUCAGAUCAAACUACAAAGAGCUACCGCAGAGGUCAAGAAACUACUCGUACCAGCUGCUGAUGGAGAGGACAGUCUAAAAAAGAUGCAGCUAAUGGAGCUCGCCAUUCUCAACGGAACCUACAGAGACGCCAACAUCAAGCAACCCACUAUGGCCUUCUCCCUAGCCUCCUCUCAGCAGCCUCGGCUCAUCUCCAGCCCCUCCCCUGUCAUGCAGCAGGCAAUGCGGAGCCCCGCCCCUGGUCAACAGCCCAACCUCAUGCCGCACCUCAUUCGUCAGAUCCAGAGUCAGCAGGCCCUCAUGCAAGGAGCCAAUCAGCACGCAGCACUGAUGCAGCAAUCACCUGAAUCAGGAGGGUUCUUCUACGCUCCCUACGAAUAUUCCCCCUACACCCUAACCCCAUCUAUACUAGAAUACCCCAUGGACACUACUGGUGUACUAGGAGCGAUGACGGCUCAGGUGCAACGCCACAAUAUGAGAGCCCAUCCUUACCAAAGAGUAGUGAACACCGACAGAGGUCAGUUAGAUCACCAGACUGAGUGGGAAUACGCAUUCGUGAGUGGUUUUGAUUGUGUUUGCUCGACAGUGUGUGUGUGUGUGUCCGUCAGUUGACCUAUGUGUGCCGCCCGCUAAGAGAGGAAUGAGACCAGAAUGUGAGAGGAAAGUCAAACAGUGGGGCUGUGUGUAAAUGUCUAACAACAGUCUGUUGUCCCCUGCUUUUAGAAUGGACCUUUCCUCCAUCUGACUGUGACCUUGUGAUUCUCAGAGUUCUGAGAGCUCUCUUUACAUAUUAUGUUUCUCACUCUCUUUCUCACUGUCUCUCCUCUCUACUCUUUCUCUCCUCUCCCCUCUCCCCUCUCUCUCUGUCCUUCUCUCUCUGUCCUCUCCUCUCUCUGUCUCUCCUCUCUACUCUUUCUCUCCUCUUCCCUCUCUCUCUGUCCUUCUCUCUCUGUCCUCUCCUCUCUCCCCUCUCCCUCUCUCCCCCCACCUUUAUAUAUAUAUACACACACACACACACAGUUCAAGACGGAAGUUUACAUACACCUUAGCCAAAUAGAUUUAAACUCAGUUUUUCACAAUUCCUGACAUUUAAUCCUAGAAAAAAAUCCCUGUUUUAGGUCAGUUAGGAUCACCACUUUAUUUUAAGAAUGUGAAAUGUCAGAAUAAUAGUAGAGAGAAUGAUUUAUUUCAGCUUUUAUUUCUUUCAUCACAUUCCCUGUUUACAUACACCCAAUUAGUAUUUAGUAACAUUGCCUUUACAUUGUUUUACUUGGGUGAAUUUUAGCCCAUUCCUCCUGACAUUCCUGACAUUUCUCCUGAGCCAGGUUUUUAACCCUCCUUGCUCGCACACGCUUUUUCAGUUCUGCCCACAAAUUUUCUAUAGGAUUGAGGUCAGGGCAUUGUGAAGGCCACUCCAAUACCUUGACUUUGUUGUCCUUAAGCCAUUUUGCCACAACUUUGGAAAUAUGCUUAGGGUCAUUGUCCAUUUGGAAGACCCAUUUGCGACCAAGCUUUAACUUCCUGACAGAUGUCUUGAGAUGUUCCUACAAUAUAUCCACAUAAUUUCCCCCAUCAUGAUGCCAUCUAUUUUGUGAAGUGCACCAGUCCCUUCUGCAGCAAAGCACCCCCACAACAUGUUGCCACCCCAGUGCUUCACGGUUGGGAUGAUAUUCUUCGGCUUGCAAGCCUCCCCCUUUUUCCUCCAAAUAUAACGAUGGUCAUUAUGGCCAAACAGUUAUAUUUUUGUUUCAUCAGACCAGAGGACAUUUCUCCAAAAAGUACGAUCUUUGUCCCCAUGUGCAGUUGCAAACCAAAAGUCUGGCUUUUUUAUGGUGGUUGUGGCGCAGUGGCUUCUUCCUUGCUGAGCGGCCGUUCAGGUUAUGUCGAUAUAGGACUUGUUUUACUGUGGAUAUAGAUACUUUGGUACCUGUUUCCUCCAGCAUCUUCACAAGGUCCUUUGCUGUUGUUCUGGGAUUGAUUUGCACUUUUUCGCACCAAAGUACGUUCAUCUCUAGGAGACAGAACGCGUCUUCUUCCUCCUUCCCUCUAUUGUUUGUACAGGUGAAUGUGGUACCUUCAGGCGUUUGGAAAUUGCUGAUUGGCUGAUUUCUUUUGAUUUUCCCAAGCAAAUAGGCACUGAGUUUGAAGGUAGGCCUCCAAUGUACACCUCCAAUUGACUCAAAUUAUGUCAAUUAGCCUAUCAGAAGCUUCUAAAGCCAUGACAUAAUUUUCUGGAAUUUUCCAAGCUGUUUAAAGGCACAGUCAACUUAGUGUAUGUAAAAUUCUGACCCUCUGGAAUUGUGAUACAGUGAAUUAUAAGUGAAAUAAUCUGUCUGUAAACAAUUGUUGGAAAAAUUACUUGUUUCAUACACAAAGUAGAUGUCCUAACCGACUUGCCAAAACUAUAGUUUGUUAACAAGAAAUUUGUGAAGUGGUUGAAAAACAAGUUUUAAUGACUCUAACCUAAGUGUAUGUAAACUUGCAACUUCAACUGUAUAUACAUACAUACAUACAUACAUACAUACAUACAUACAUACAUACAUACAUACAUACAUACAUACAUACAUACAUACAUACAUACAUACAUACAUACAUACAUACAUACAUACAUACAUACAGAACCAGUCAAAAGUUUGGACACACCUACUCAUUCAAGGGUUUUUCUUUAUUUGUACUAUUUUCUACAUUGUAGAAUAAUAGUGAAGACAUCACAACUAUGAAAUAACACAUAUGGAAUCAUGUAGUUAGAAAAAAUUGUUAAACAAAUACAAAUAUAUUUGAGAUUUCUCAAAAUAGACACCCUUUGCCUUGAUGACAGCUUUGCACACUCUUGGCAUUCUCUCAACCUGCUUCAUGAGGAAUGCUUUUCCAACAGUCUUGAAGGAGUUCCCACAUAUGCUGAGUACUUGUUGGCUGCUUUUCCCUCACUCUGUCCAACUCAUACCAAUCCAUUUCAGUUGGGUUAGGACCAUCACUCUUCUUCUUGGUCAAAUAACCCUUACACAGAAUGGAGGUGUGUUUUGAGUCAUUGUCCUGUUGAAAAACAAAUGAUAGUCCCACGAAGCUCAAACCAGAUGGGAUGGUGAAUGCUGUGAUAGCCAUACUGGUUAAGUGUGCAUUGAAUUCUAAAUAAAUAACAGACAGUGUCACCAGAAAAGCACCAUCACACCACCUCCUCCUCCAUGCUUCAUGGUGGGAACCACACAUGCAGAGAUCAUCCAUUCACUUACUCUGCAUCUCACAAAGACAGUGGUUGGAACCAAAAAUCUUAAAUUUGGAUUAAUCAGACCAAAGGACAGAUUUCCACCAACUAAUGUACAUUGCUCGUGUUUUGUGGCUCAAGCAAGUCUCUUCUUAUUAUUGGUGUCCUUUAGUAGUGGUUUCUUUGCAGAAAUUUGACCGUGAAGGCCUGAUUCACGCAGUCUCCUCUGAACAGUUGAGGUUGGGAUGUGUCUAUUACUUGAACUCUGUGAAGCAUUUAUUUGGGCUGCAAUCUGAAGUGCAGUUAACUCUAAUGAACUUAUCCUUUGCAGCAGAGGUAACUCUGGGUCUUCCUUUCCUUUGUCGGUCCUCAUAAGAGCCAGUUUCAUCAUAGCUCUGGAUGGUUUUGCCUACUGCACUUGAGGAAAUGUUCAAAGUUCUUGAAAUGUUCCAGAUUGACUGACCUUCAUGUCUUAAAGUCAUGAUGCACUGUCAUUUCUCUUUGCUUAUAUGGACUUGGUCUUGGUCUUGGUCAAACGCAUUAAGAAGGAAAGAAAUUCCACAAAUGUAAUUUUAACAAGGCACACCUGUUAAUUUAAAUGCAUUCCAGGUGGCUACCUCAUGAAGCUGGUUGAGAGAAUGCCAAGAGUGUGCAAAGCUGUCAUCAAGGCAAAUGGUGGCUACUUUGAAGAAUCUCCAAUAUAACAUAUAUUUUAAUUUGUUGAACACUUUUUUAGCUACUACAUGAUUCCAUAUGUGUUAUUUCCAAGUUUUGAUGUCUUUACUAUUAUUAUACAAUGUAGAAAAUAGUACAAAUAAAGAAAAACCCUUGAAUGAGGUGUGUCCCUUGCUUCCUCUCUCUCUCUUUCACUACUGUUCAACCUUAGAGACAAGUAGUCAUCUCUUUUUAUAUUGUCUUAAAUUACACCAUUCCUUUCAUUUGAUUUUGUCUUUUAUUUAUUGAUGUGGUUUUAUAAUGAUUGUUUUGUGGAUCUCAUGGAUCAGAGACAUACAGUACUUGAAGCUGAAAUAGCCACCUCAUAGCCGUACUCCAUAUGAUCCUACACUGUGUAGCAUAUGACCCUAUAUUUCAAAACGACUACUGAAAUCUCUAUUAGGAGAUUUCCGUAGUGUGUGUGUGUAAAGUAAGCAAAACUGGACCUUCGGGGUCGGGAUGGGUUUACAUGAGAGUUUAGAUAGACAUUCCGUUGUCAUCUCAUUGUGCGCAGCCUGUUCUUUUUUAGAUAAUUGUCAUUUUUUGCUCAUGUGCUUUCCAAAAAUAAAUGGAUGUUUUCUAGAGAGUUUAGACUGUAGACUUGAAGCUCUAAUUCAUAUUUAUGAUGCAAACGGUUCAAGGGUUGUUUCGGGUAUGACUUUGUGUGUUAAAGUGAUGUUGGUUUAUUCUUGGUGUCACUUUGGCAACAGUAGGACUAGUUUAACUGGUGUACAUAGAGAACCAAAGAUUGAGAUUAAAAAAUAAUAAUAAUCUGAAAACCAAUGUAAAUUAUUAUAAUUUGAAAAUAUCUGUUAAAAAUAUCUGUUCUUAAUUCCUUCUAAAAAACCACAUCUCUUAGCAUGUCUUGGCUCUCUGUUAACAGCAGGCCUCGUUUCUUCUCUAAUGCUUAACAGCAGUCUGGAAAUCAUCACCAGAUCAUUUUUAAUCAAUUAAUUGGUCAUCAUUGCAUUCAGUCUUUUCUGUGAAGACACCAUAACGUUACACCAUGACUACUGCUAACCACUGCUGAACCCAACCUCAGGGACCUAGUGGUCAUUUCACAUGUCUGUCCAUCAAGGCAUUGAUUUCACAUCAUCUAGUCCAUCAAGGCAUUGAUGAUUAGAACUAGAUUAUGUGAGACCACUUGUGGUCCACACAAGUCGACUGGGUUGAGAAACACACUGGGUGAGUCAGAGCAGCCGUAGACGUCAGUGAUACUGUCACACCCUCACAAGAAACCAUACCCUCUGCUCUCUCCAUGGUUUCUCAGUCUGUAAUGCAGCCUCACUGUAACGGUGUUCAAACCUUCUACAAAGGCUCUUUUACGAUGCCUUCAUUAGCAGUACAUAAGCAUUCAUAAGUACCUAUGUCAGCAGUCACUGGCUGGCAUCUCACAUCGUGUCACUUCAUGCAGAUGCCAGACCUUAUGUCAACCUGCGGCUACUGACUUGUAACUGUCAAUGUAGUGAAGGUGUUGUGUGUUUGUGUGACUGGAGUAGAUCUUUCAUGUGGACAUCUUGACACCACUAGCUGACACUAAUCUCUUUCUAUCUUUUUCUGUGUGUCUUUUUUAUGUUCUCAUUUCUUUGUGUAUGUCCGUCUGUCUCCUAACCCCCCCCCAGCUGCCACGGCAACUAAUCCCUGACCUCUGCCCACUGAUGACCCACCCGUCUCCGCCCGUGCCUCGCUCGUUGCCAUGCUCUGGACAGCAGCCACGCCCCUCCCCCAGAGUCACCUCUGCCUAACCAACCAGAGACCAGCGGCCAUGGUAACGACCCUUCAGGAUCCAAUCAGGACCCAGUCACCAGCCACACCCACCCAAACACUACACUAUCAAGCCAUGUGCCCCUUUUAAAGGAAACCCCCCAGCCAAACCACCCAACCACAACCCCUUUAACCAAAUCUCCCCAAUCUGCACUGGUCAGAUAACCUGGCUCUAUUCCUUGCCCUGCACUGAGUCGAUGUGGAGCUAUAAUAUUAUAAUAAUUCAAUAAUCCAAAUAAUAACAGUCAUAUGUGUGAUCAUAAUUAUACUUGUCGAGCACACUGACCCUCCACGGCCACUAGUCUGACUGUCCCUGUUCUCAAAACGUCACUGUCACACAAAACGUUACUUAGAUCGGGUUUACCAAGUCACACCAGUUUCACACGAUGUCCUCUCUAAGACUAGAGUCUCGACUGUUGCACCACGCCUGCCUUUCGACAGUGAGCUGAGCCUAUGUAAUGUGUAAGAUCUAAGCUCUCCAGGUAUAGUCUCAACCACAACGUCACAGUAUUAUAGAAAUGCAGAGAACCAAGUGCCUUGUAGUUAUUUAAAUAGAUCUGUUACAGACCAGCCUUUCUAACCUCCAUGAAAGAGGAAUAACCUGACGCCAUCUUUUCUAUCUCUCAACACAGUGAAAGAGAUGUGUAUUUUACAGAAACCAUCUCAAUGUUGUGAUUUAACAUAAACCCACAUGUCUUCUGGGUUUAGAGUGAAGUGCCAAAGGGUUGGUUCCUUCCGUCUGUGCAGUAGGACCUUCUCAGAACAGUAUUAAUGUUGUGUGUUUAUUUUAUUUUGGGGAGUGGUGUUUAUGUAUUUGUGUGUGUGUGUGUGUGUGUGUGUGUGUGUGUGUGUGUGUGUGUGUGUGUGUGUGUGUGUGUGUGUGUGUGUGUGUGUGUGUGUGUGUGUGUGUGUGUGUGUGUGUGUGUGUGUGUGUGUGUGUGUCUGCCUUUGAGAACACACUCUAUCAUAUAGUGUUGUGUUAUUAGAUGUGUGUGUGUGUGUUACAUAUUUGAGUCCCUAACUAGCCUCUUGCCAAGCGGUUGUUUUUACUCCACACAAACCGUCUCCUUCAAGACAAAACAUGGACAAUACUGUACAACAUCUGUAACAUCUGUUUUAUAAUGCCAUUUUAUAUUAUAUUUUUAUGUGAGAAAUAACAUUAAAUUAUGUUUUCAGAUAAGAACAGUAUACCUUACUAUGAAUAUAUUUUUUCAUUCAGUUUAAGAGCUAAUAUUGCCUCCAACCAAUGUGCCAUUCACAAAGUGUCCGGAGUGUUUUUAAAGUCCUGAUAUACUGAAAACCUUCAAAUGUUCUGGAAGAUUCUUGUUUUUCAAGUUAACCUCAGUGUUGCUUACCUUCGGUAACUUCUGUGUGUAAAGGAGGAUUAACUCUGUAGUACUGAAUAUUAAUCUACUCUUUGUACUAACUGACCCGUCCUGUACUGUUAACCUCUUUACUCAUAUCUGUCUCUGCUUUGGUUUCUUUUCAAAUAUAAACUGUGUGAAUCAGA